AUGGCGGUAUCGCCUCCCACAAGGAAGUGGAAGCGCCGACGGCGGGAGCGAUGGGGCAAGUGGGAAAGCAGAAGGCACUUCGCCCCAUCCUGUUGCUUCCUCAAAAGAAGGCGGGGCCAUCCGUCGGCCUUCCCGCGCCCGACGCCGCUGAAACGCCUUCACGGCGGCGUCGCUGAUGAGUCCAUCACGGAGGUUUUCGGCCGCGCUCCGCAGCUCAUGCGCGCCGUGGGCGAAGCGGCAACGCGUCGUGUACGCACACCGCCCCGUCGUAAGGUAGUUUCGACAAAGACGGGUUUUGUAACGGCUCGCAGGAAGCUCCAGCUCGAGGUCGAGAUCGCCUUCGACCUCAGGGAGGCUUGCACGGAGGCUUUCGGUCUCGCCAUUUGCGCUGGGCUCACGAUCCGGCAUCGGGGGCUUUUCGGGGAAGUCCAUCAUCGGGGUUGUCUGGAUCAUCGGAAGAUGGAUCUAUAUAUAUAG